GGGGGGGGGGGAGCAAAUUCAGUCUCGACUCGUUCGUAUAGCAUACAUUUCUGCUGCUUGUGAGAGCGUCUAUCCGGCACUUGCAGGGGGCGGGGUCAAAAUAGCUCCUCAGUUUUUCAUUAAUAACCAUCGUGAGGGCGGCAGACCUCGCUGAAAAUUGUCACACUAUCGUAUUGAUCAAUUGUACAUGUUCACUUAAAUUUUCAUAACCCUGACCCAAAAUGACCUUUGUCCUGUGGCCUAUUCUUCUCGCCCUUCUCGCAAACAUGUCGAGAAAGACGAUUUAACGAACAUAAGCGCAUCUUGCAUUUCGUUUCCGGACUUGUUCGUGAUAAGAAACGUGCCAACGUGUGAAAUGCUGCCCGUUCCAUGCAUUAUGGUGGGUGUCAUGUCAAGAUGACGUGACGGCCAGUAACCUGCAUGCUAGUAGGCGGACACCGAUUCACAGCUAUGUUCACACCCUGUUCACUUCAUUUCGGUCUACUUCGUUCACUCUUACAGAAAAUAACUGAGACCAAAAUUUGUCACUGCUGGUGAUAGGCGAUAGCAUAAAAAGUGCACAUUUAUUAGGCACGAAGAGCAUACACAACACAAUAUGAAGCAUUGAUGAUGCAUUCACGUCACAAUUCGUGUGAUGCAUGGCAUGUGUAAAAAAUGCUGGUUUUGACAUUUACAAUCAUAGUUUGUUCGAUUUUAGGUACGUAUCAUAAGAAUUUUGGGCGAGGCACCCACGAGGCACGCAAGUUGGAUGUGCGGUGAGUCAUUCAAUGUAACGAAUGUCUUAGUUCUGUGCACGAUUUGACCAGCUAGAACACAAAUUGUACAUUUGAAUGUGCUACAAUGGAUAAUAUGGAUUGACAUGAGGAGAUUCACGAACAGGAUCAAAGCGUCUUCGAAUAGUCCACAAAGUCCGUUGGGCGCAGUGCGUAGACCGUUAAGGAGCAGGAACAGCCGGGAAGAGCAGGCCAGGGACCGGUUCCACGUAGGACUGGUCUGGGAGACUUCAUUUAUGGAGGAUCCUGUGGGAAGACCAGUCAGUUGGUUACCAUACAGCACAACAAAGGAUAACUUUUAGGGAUCCACCUUAUCCCAAAUUUGCGGAUUGUGCAUGAAUCUCGCGGGCCCAAUGACUUGAUAAAUCAAUGAGUUAUUAAUUGAACAAAGCAUAAAAACUCCAGAAUCGGUUAACGUUCCUUAAUUUGCUAGUUCGUUGAUGUCUGGGCGACUUUGCGCCAGUCGCUGUUCUUUUGCUAGUCACAUUUUGACACAGAGGUGCCGGAGUAUAAAAUUGGUAAGGAGAAUAAAAUCUUUUGGACCCGCCCGGGACCAGAAAAGGGGCUCAUUUCCAACACUGCCCGUGCCCGGACACAUACACGUCGCACGAGCGAGGCGUAUUUCACGACCGACUAGGGUAAUUUGCCGCUUGGGCGUAGGAGCAUUUGGAACCCGGUGGGUGCAGAUUUUAGGCCAUAGCCGGUGGAGCGGGGGGUGGGGAGGGUAGGGACUAGGGAGAGCGGCACCGGGCAUUGGUUCUCUAUUUUGUUAUUGAUUGCAACCGGUCUUAGAAAACGGCUUCAGGCGAGCUUCGAGCUUCGUGGGUGCACGAUGUGGAAAAGGUACCGAAAAGUGCAUGUUUGGUUAGGUAUUGAUGUCAAAUAAUUCACGUAACGGUGAAUUGCAAUACUAUCGCUAAAUGCGGAAGCGGCUAGCUUGGCCAUUUUUGAAGAUAUCGGACUAAGCUUUCUGGAGUGGGUCAUCGGUAUGUGCUCUCUCACAUGUGUUUCACCUCUUUUUUCUCCCUUUAGACCGUGUGGGAAUAUCUGCAGCACACUCCAUAUUUGUAAUAUUCUGAGCUCCUAGUUCCCCAGCCGACCGCCAAAACGUGCGAUAUAAGUUUUGAAGAGCAAUAGAGUAGCAAGUGCUUCAAAAGGUGGGUAGAGGGUGUGUUAUUCUGAAUUCGUCCUGUUGCAUGGGACAAGUGUUGGUGAGAAAAAGGGCCUUCGUUCCAGAGUAUUGUGGGUGCAGAAUACAUUACCUACACUCACUGGAGAACUAUUGUGGGUGCAACUGCACCCACUGCACCCAUGGUUCCUACGCUUGUUUUGCGGAGCACGUCGACCUAAGGAGAAACACCAUGCCUUUAUGAUAUGCGGCAUGCGCACCAAACAUAUUGCUUAUACCUAGAGGGGAGAGAGUGAGAAGGAAUGAAGAAACCCGCCGGAUCAAACAGGCCUAAAUUGCUACGAAUGUUCCUUUACCGCUAAAUGUCGCAAGAACAACAGAGAAGAACGGCAAACAAAGCCUAUCGGCAUGUCUUUCGGAUCGUCCUUGAAUUCGAUGUCAUAAUUCAACGGCUGACCAACGAACUAAUUUUACACAUUCCAUUUCCCGCGAAAAAUUCUAGGUCUGGCCGGGCGAGAAGUCGUUCCAUUCCAACUGUCAUUUAAGUUCAUAUUAUGCGCUGUACACAUCUCUUGUAUGGUUUUACGCGCUUCGUUGGUCUCGGCAUUUCGUUCAAUGUGUGCUGAAUAGCGACUUGGCUAGUGACCGAACCGAAGAGAAACAGUUCAGUAUGGGUAGCGGUAGAAGGUGUUAUUGACGCACGUGAACACGAUUGCGAAUAUGCCAAUUGCCAAAACAAUUAUUUUCUUUUUUGCGAAUACGUUUUGAAUAAAAUACAAGUGUAGUUAAUUUUUCUUUCCACCAAAACGUUAAAUGUAAAAUUAAUCAAGUAAAACUAUGAGAAAUAAAUAGUUAUAUUGGCUAAAACAAGCGGUUAGAGUAAUACCAUGUGCUUAUAAGAUUCCUGUUGCGAAAAAGUAAAAGCAAUGUAUUCAUCUUCCUCGCUAGGCACCAGCACCAAGCCAUCGUGGGCAUUUGACGUCGCAGAUGGCUCCCCUAGAAGUAAAACUACGUUGCAGCAUUACCGGAUACCAUACCCAAGUUCUCCGGACGACGAAGCUAAUGAAGGACAACAGUUUGUAUGCGCCCGUGCGUUCCUGGUUCUCGUAAACAUUCUAUUUUUCGUUAUCGGUUUCGCAGCUGUGGUAACGUCUAUUGCCGUUACCGCUAAGCCUGAGAGGUGUGAGGUUUGUCAUAGUGUUCUGAACAUCCUUCUCACCUUCGGCAUAGUGAGCACUUUCAUAUCCGCAUUGGGUAUCUAUGGAGCAUUAUCGAACUCCUACAAAAUAUUGCUCGCAUACGUAACGUUCGUCGCAUUCGUAUUCAUGGUGCAAAUGGUGUUGUUCUUUUGGCCGUUGUUUGGCCGCUUCAACUUCCAGCGGCGAAUGCACACGAUCUAUCGCGAGAAGAUGCGUCAGCACCCUCACCAGCUAACUGAGCUGCUGAACCUGCUGCAGCGGAAGCUGCCGUGCUGCGGUGUGGACGGGCCGCGCGACUACCACUCAGCGGGCCUGCAGCUGCCGCUGUCCUGCUGCGCCUCCACCGGUCCCGGCGGCGAGUGCGCCGUCCGAGUGCACUCCACCACGCCCCCGCCCGCGCUCAACACCACUGAGCCAAUCGGCAACACCACCUCCAGCGUCAGCGCCGCAACCAGCCCCUCCACCGCGCCGCCCGCGGAGGCGCCGGUCCGCGGGGAGCUCACAGACGAGGAGGCCGCCGCGCACCAGGAGGAAAUUGCACCACCCGAGGAGGAGGAAGAUUCGUCCGAUGUGGACGACAAGCCGUCUGAUGUGGAUGAUGAGUCAUCCGAUGUGGACGAUGUGUCACCUGAUGUGGACGAUAUGUCGUCUGAUGUGGACGAUGUGAUACCCGACGUGGACGAUAUAUCAUCUGACGUGGACGAUGCACAGGAGGAUGAGUUCGAAGUAUCCACAGAGCCCGAAAUAUCGUCCACGGUAGACGAUGCAUCAACUGAAGAUCAGAAAAUACCGAACGAUGCUCUUAACGUGGAGAUGGAGGAUAUGAGCGAAGUCGCCAAGGAUACAGCUGAAAAACCUGCUGUGACAGCACAAGAGCCACCGCCCAAAACAGAAGGCAUUAUAUCUGAUGAGAAAAUACAGUCUAACGCAGUGAAGCCGCUAGCCGAAGCCGACAAUCUGUCUGAUGAAGCAGGAUACAUCUCGCACGAGAUCGAGCCUGAAGAAGCGGAUACUGAACUCUCGGAACUAGACGCGGCCGAUCCCUCAACUAACAUCCGGAGUAAAAGGAGCGCCAACGACGCGGGCGGCAUUAGUCUAGAGCCGAGCACAGUGACCGUGGAGCCCAACAGCGUGACACCCGGCAACGCCUCCAUGGUGGUGUUCAACUCCACCGGCAUGCUCACGGCCAACAUCUCCAUGAACGCCACUGACGAGGCCACGCUGGAGGAGCUGCUCAGCAACCGGACCGAGCUGGACGGCGGGCCGGAGCCCUGGGACAUCCACCACGUCAAAAUGCGCGGCUGCUACACGACUCUGUGGCAGGUGGCCGAUAGACAGCACGGCCUGAUGGUGGCCGCCACGGUGGGCGCCGUGGCCCUGCUCAGCCUGCAGCUGGUGGUGCUCUGCACGGCACACCACGUGGCGCGCGGCGACUUUAUCCAGCAGGGCUAACAGCAGCGGGAGGAGGCGAUACGAGAUACGCCUACUCAGCGGCCUCACAUGUUGAGGCAAUGGCAAUUGACUAUGGGUUUGUGUGUAUCCAAAUUAGAAAUACAUUUUGGGGAGAUGCCAGUUAGGAC